GUGCUAAUCGAACAAAUGCAACAAAUUUUCAGUCGUUUAACUGCACUGGAGGGGCAACGCCGCUCCUCACAGCCGCGGCCAUACGAGCCGAGAGCCGGUGCGUCUGCGCCAACGCCACCACGGCUGCGACCUGUCACCGCACCUGUAGCUGAGUAUCAGAGCUCGGCGGUGGAAGGCCGAGAGUCUGCUGUGCCGUCCUCGCCGGGGCGUCCCGUGCAGACCAUGAUGACGAUAUGGAGUCCACGCCUGAGCAAGCUGCUCGGAGCAACAAUGCGUCUCGCGAGCCUACUACGGAGCCUGUGCCCUCCUGCUCGGUGGGCGCCCAACAUCAGGAGACACAGGAGCACGAGGACGUCCUCCAGUCAGGAGAGGCCGUGUUAGAAGAAUAGUGAAGAAAGGUCACCGUAGGAGGGACGAGGCGCGUGCGCUGUGCGCGUUUCAGUUCGAGACGCACUUCGUGAACUGUAAACGUGUUUCGUGUAGUUCCUUGUCCGUUUGGAGAGUUAACCUGCCUAAUUUUGUAAUCGAGUAGUAUUCGUUAAAGUUAUUUAAACGUUAGCUUUAUUUUAUUUUUGUAACACAUUUGGUUUAGACUCCUGAUAUAAGUAUAAAAGUUUGUAAGUAAUUGUUA